AUGCCUACCUUGACAGAAAUUGCUCAGAACAUCCUCGAAAGUGCUCGUGCGCUUGACGAGUACACUGAAUCUCAUGGGCUAGAGCCCACAUCAUUCACCCAGCAUACUCUACCAACUCUCUCUGGAGAUAUAGAGGUAGUCCGAAAGAAGCUCGUAGGUUCAACCACUGAGCUAAAAGCUCUAGUUCAAGGCCCCAUCGGCCAGCUCUACGAUGUUUUGUUCGCAUUCACGGAUCUUAUGAGCAUUCGCUUCAUCUACCGACAUAAUAUCCCACAUUAUGUUCCCCUCGAAGGCGACAUCUCUAUCCAUAACCUCGCCGAGAAGACCAAGCUAGAUCCUAUCCGGCUCCGGAGAUACCUUCAGCACACCAUGAUGUAUCGCGUAUUCGUCGAGUCCCGCCCGGGAUUCGUUGCCCAUUCUCAAGUUUCCCGUCUCCUAAAAGUCAACCCCGCAGCUCUGGACACCGUGGGUUUCCUCGUCGAAGAGCUCGCGCCGGCAGGGACUAAGGUCAUCGAAGCUGAGGCUAGAUGGCCCGACUCGGCAGAGCCAAACGAGACAGGUUUCAACGUCGAGUUCAAUACCGCCGAUUCAUUCUAUCUGGAGAUCGCAAAGACAAGCGAACGCGCGAGGCGUUUUGGUGCUGCUAUGCGCUUCAUGACCAGCGGGAAUUUUUACGAUAUCUCUCAUCUGGUUCGAGGUUAUGACUGGAAGUCCCUGGACGUGCCAGGUAGCGUUGUGGUGGAUGUUGGAGGUGGUCAAGGCGGCGUAAGUCAGGCUCUUGCUGGAGCAACUUCUAAUAUCCGCUUCGUCGUCCAGGACCUCGAGGGCACGGUCCUUGAAGGCCAGCGCAUCUUGCCUCAGCAUCUUCAGGAUCGUAUCAGCUUCCAAUCCCAUGAUUUCUUUACGCCGCAGCCUGUGAAGCACGCUGAUGUCUACUUCUUCCGUUACAUUUUGCACAACUGGGCAGACAAGUAUGCAAUUCAGAUCCUACGGAACUUGAUCCCGGCGAUGAAAGCCGGAUCUCGUGUGAUAAUCUAUGAAUUCCUCCUACCCGACGUCUCGCAGCCGGAAUGGACGAAGAAACAGUGGCGGAAUCUUGAUAUGAUUCAAAUGUUAGGCUGGAAUUCCCUGGAACGUACAGAAUCGGACUGGCAAUCCCUCUUUGCGUCAGUUGACCCUCGUUUGGAGUUUGUUGGGACGAAGACUCCUGAAGGCAGCAUAGUUUCUCUGGUUGAGGCUGUUUGGCGACCAUAG